GAUGUGUGACCGGAAUGGUGGCCGGCGGCUUCGGCAGUGGCUGAUCGAGCAAAUCGACAGCAACAUGUACCCAGGGCUGAUUUGGGAAAAUGAUGAGAAGAGCAUGUUCCGGAUCCCUUGGAAACACGCCGGCAAACAAGAUUAUAAUCAGGAAGUGGAUGCGUCCAUUUUUAAGGCCUGGGCAGUUUUCAAAGGGAAAUUUAAGGAAGGGGACAAAGCUGAACCGGCCACUUGGAAGACGAGGCUCCGCUGUGCUUUGAACAAGAGCCCAGAUUUUGAGGAAGUGACAGACCGGUCCCAGCUGGACAUUUCUGAGCCAUACAAAGUUUACCGCAUCGUCCCCGAGGAAGAGCAAAAAUGCAAAUUGGGCAUGGCGACUCCUAGCUGCGUGAGCGAGAUCCCCGAGAUGGAGUGCGGGAGAUCCGAAAUCGACGAGCUCAUCAAGGAGCCUUCCGUGGACGAUUACAUGGGGGUGGUCAAACGGAGCCCCUCCCCGCCAGAGGCCUGCAGGAACCAGCUCCUCCCAGAGUGGUGGGUGCAACAGUCUGGCGCAGGCUUGCCGCUGGGGACGGGCUACAGUGCGUACGACGCGCACCAUUCAGCCUUCUCCCAGAUGGUCAUCAGCUUCUACUACGGGGGCAAGCUGGUGGGCCAGACCACCACCACCUGCCCCGAGGGCUGUCGCCUGUCCCUGGGCCAGCCGGGCCUGCCGGGCACCAAGCUGUACGGCCCCGAGGGCCUGGAGCUGGUGCGCUUCCCGCCGGCGGAUGCCAUCCCCAGCGAGCGGCAGCGGCAGGUGACGCGGAAGCUGUUCGGGCACCUGGAGCGCGGCGUGCUCCUGCACAGCAGCCGGCAGGGCGUGCUGGUCAAGCGGCUGUGCCAGGGCCGUGUGUUCUGCAGCGGCAACGCAGUGCUCUGCAAGGAUCGGCCCAACAAGCUGGAGCGCGACGAGGUGGUCAAGGUCUUCGACACCAGCCAGUUCUUCCGAGAACUGCAGCAGUUCUAUAACAGCCAGAGCCGGCUUCCCGACGGCAGGGUGGUGCUGUGCUUUGGAGAAGAGUUUCCAGAUAUGACCCCCUUGCGCUCCAAACUCAUUCUCGUGCAGAUCGAGCAGCUCUACGUCCGGCAGCUGGUGGAAGAAGCGGGGAAGAGCUGCGGUGCCGGCUCCCUGGUGCAGCCGCCUGAGGAGCCCCAGCCAGACCAGGUCUUCCGGAUGUUUCCAGACAUCUGUGCCUCACACCAGAGACCUUUUUUCAGAGAAAACCAACAGAUCACCGUUUAAGCCUCUCUCUAGGGCACCCCGUCCUGCCCACACCUCGUGUUUCAUUAUUACAAUUACUAUUGUAAUUAUUUAAGGAUGUGGAUCCCUGUGACCUGGGGCGGGAUGCCUCACUCGGCUCUUAAUUUAGUAAGGGCGUUCCCUGAGGACUUGACCUUUA